CUGCACAUUUAGCCUGUAGGCAGGAGCAGAGGGACGCCCUACUUAAUGAUUAUAGUUAGCUGGCUCACUGGACACACCUCCUUGUCCAUAGGUAAUAUACUGAUCGGAAUUUAGUUUGCAGUUUGAGUCUUUCCUAAUGCUGUCCUUAAUGUUUGCUGUUCUGCUGCUUGGUUGGGAGUGAGGAAAGGAAGAGGCUCCCCGCUUUCUCAUUUCUCCCCUUAUGUGCCAGAGGAUUCAACCCUUACCCUGCCUCUCUACUCAUUGAUCUACAAAAGAUUAACAAGAAGACAACAGAAUGGAGAAUAAAGAGAAAAGCAAUGGUGAGAUUAAAGAAAAACAGGCAGUGAAAAAGAAAGUGGACUGGUCUGGGAGCCUUAUUAUUGCCUCUUUAGCUGGAGCUUUUGGGUCUUCAUUUCUUUAUGGUUACAAUCUCUCUGUAGUGAAUGCACCAACAGUGUAUAUCAAGAGGUUUUACAAUGAAAGUUGGGACAGAAGAUACGGCCACGUAAUAGAUGGAGGAACUCUUACACUCCUCUGGUCUAUAACCGUGUCUAUUUUCUCCAUUGGUGGACUGGUGGGUGCGAUAAUUACCACACCAAUUGUGAAGUUCUUUGGCCGAAAACAUACAUUGCUGAUCAAUAAUGUAUUUGCAGUUGUGGCUGCGUUGUUGAUGGCUCUCUGUCAGUUAGCAGGAUCAUUUGAAAUGCUCUUAUUGGGCCGCAUUGUGAUGGGUAUUCAUGCAGGUGUCUCUCUCAGUGCCCUUCCCAUCUAUUUGAGUGAAAUCUCACCUAAGGAGAUCCGGGGUUCUCUGGGGCAGGUCACAGCAAUCUUCAUCUGUAUUGGAGUUUUCACUGCUCAGGUUUUGGGGCUGCCAGAAAUAUUUGGAAAUGAAUUUCGCUGGCCCUACUUAUUUGGAGUGAUUGUUGUUCCUUCACUGAUCCAAGUUGGGAUUUUGCCCUUCCUCCCUGAAAGUCCUCACUACCUCCUACUUGAAAAGAAUGACAAAAGUGGAGCAGAAAAAGCGUUCCGGACCUUCCUUGGGAAAGAUGAUGUCUCUCACGAAUUAGAAGAGAGUGACGCGCAGAGAAAUGUUAAAUUAGAGUCUGUCCUUCAACUUCUUAGAAACCCCUCUGUGCGCUGGCAGAUCAUUACUGUGAUCAUCACCAUGGCCUGCUACCAGCUAUGUGGGCUAAAUGCUAUCUGGUACUACACAAAUAGCAUCUUCAGUGAAGCUGGGAUAACUCAUCAACUGAUCCCUUAUGUUACCUUGAGCACCAGCACUGUUGAGAUUUUGUCUGCUGUUUCUUCCGGCUUAGCUGUUGAACGGCUUGGACGUAGACCUCUACUUAUCGGAGGUUUUGGUUUGAUGGUCAUCUUCUUUGCAAUACUUACAGUAUCCCUGACUUUACAGAAUCAUGCAUACUGGCUCCCCUAUCUCAGUAUAUUUUGCAUUCUUGCAGUAAUUGCAUCAUUUUGCAUUGGCCCAGGUGGGAUUCCAUUCGUCUUGACUGGAGAGUUUUUUCAGCAGUCUCAAAAGCCUGCCGCAUUUGUGAUAGCUGGGACAGUCAACUGGCUCUCCAACUUCUCAGUGGGACUUCUUUUCCCUUUUAUUCAGGCUGGACUGCAGACAUUUUGUUUCCUGGUGUUUGCUGUCGUCUGCCUUGCUGGAGCUACUUACCUGUUUUUUGUCCUGCCCGAAACAAAAAAUAAGACCAUUAAUGAAAUCAGCCAGGCAUUUGCCAAAAGGAAUAAAGUGACUUUAGAAGGACGGGAGAUGAGCCAGUUUUCAUCAGAAACUAAACCAAGUGAAGAACAAGAACAUAACUUCUCUUCGACACUGGAGAAUGGUGAAACUAAAAACAGUAUAUUCUAAGAAUUCAGUGUUCUUUUUAUGGAAAAAAAACCCAUAUGCUCUGCUGAUUUAGAAAGCAUGUGAUAAUUCUAGCAGUUCCGUAUUUGUGUUAUUAAUACCCCUGUGUAUGUGGUUGUGUUUUUUUUUUUAAACUCAGGGGAAUAUAGGCAUAGGGUAAAUCAGUGGCAGCUGGGAAGGUUCUGGGGGGAAGCUGAUAUGUGAGAGACAGACAUCUGAUGGGAACAAGACCCAGAGUUUCCAGGAAACCUGUGGAGAGGAUCAUCAGGUGGCUGGAUGGAUAUGGGAUCAGGACUAGGAGAGGGACUCUGGAUUAGCAAUGGGAACUGGGUGGAGGGAUCCUGAGCAAGGACUGGCUGAUCAGCAUUCAGCUAAAAGCAGCAGCUGCAUGCCAUCUUGCAUGGGUGGAGCUAUAUGCUCGUGGCAGAGAUUGGGUGCGAGUCAGUGGCUGUGAAGAGAAGGAGAGGCAAGUUUUAUUUCUCAGCUUUUCCCAACAUGCUAUUAAAAUUGUACUUCAACAUGAAAGGGACACUAUCAUGGUAUCUUUUCCAUCUUCAUUUUUAAUUUUAGCUGCUGUUCCUCUUAAGAGCCUCUCUUGCUCCCACUGUAUCCAGAAGAUGGAAACUGCAAUUUAUUUCCAUAAUUACUGACGUGCUUUCUCCCUCCAUCCCACAAAUACUGGCAAGAGUGCUGGAUUGCUUGCACUGCAUUUCUAUUGUUUAAAGCAAAUAACAGUGAAGCAUUUGUUCUGAAAACAAACUCCACAUAUUCUGAAUUCAUAUUCUGAAUAGUGGGCUCUAGGGAGAUAGGUACAGUAGAAGAAAAAAUAAUCAAAUAUUGAGCUGUCCAGACUUUAACAAUAGUAACAUUUUUUUAAAAGCACAAGUUCUAUUUUCAAAAGUGAUUUAGGAGCCAAAGUCUCACUGAAGGCCUAUGGGACUAACGCUCUGAAGUACCUAAAUCAGUUUUGAAAAUAGGGCUUAGGCUCCUAGUCUUUUAGGCGCUUUUAAAAAUGUUACCCAAUGUCCAUUUAAUUUCAUGACAGAAAAAUAGCAGGGGUUUCUGGUUUGUGAUGUUUACUCUUCCUGAUUUAGUGUUUUUUAGACAAGUAAUGGCUCACUUUAAUAUUUUUCAAUUGUUUUCCUUGAAUUCCUUAAGUACCUAGGUACUAUAGGGAUAAGCACUUUCUGAAUAAAAUAAUAAAUCCCAUCAUUUUAUAUAAAAAUAACAAAUCCAAAGUACUUAGCAGUCCUGGGGAUAAGUCCCCAAUGAGUAUGUGCAAUCUUUUAGGGUGAGCCAUGUUUCUCUAUGGGCUAUUUUGCACAAUGCUAAAAUUGUAAAUUUUACGUGUAUAUUUUAUUUUUAAAAAAAUUGUUCUUGGAUGUUUGCUUUGGUUUUUUCAGGUUUUAACCUAAUAUGUUUUUAAUCAUAACCUAAAAUAAGUUGUUGUUGCCAAAUAAUCUAUACCAUAUGCUGUGUUGUUUUAGCCAUUUUGGAUCCAGGAUAUUUGAGAGACAAGGUGAGUGAGGUAAUAGCUUUUAUUAGACCAACUUCUGUUGUGGGGAGAGAGAAACGACCUUUCCAAUUUACACAGAGUCUGUCUGCAGGUCUGGGCAAUGUACUCAGAGGGCACUGCAGUUGGUCCAUGGUAGCUAACUUGGGCUCAGGCUAUGGGGCUGGUUAAUUGCAGUGUAGACGUUUGGCCUCAGGCUGGAGCCUGGUCUCUAGGGCCCUGUGAGGUGAGAGGGUCCCAGAGCUCGGACUGCAACCUGAGCUCAAACAUCUAUAUCACAAUUAAACAGCCUCUUAGUCCAAGCCCCAUGAGCUGGAGUCAGAUGGCACACACCAGCCGCAGGUGUCUGAUUGCAAUGUAGACAUACCUAGAGUGUCACUGCUAAAUACAAGGUGGAACAGAUUGUUUAGCAUAAGUAGUUAACAUGUAUUUCAAGGGACUAUUCAAGGUGAGGUGGCCAGUUACCACCUGUCCAGUUACCACCUGUCCAGUUAUAGGAGAAGGAAAGAAAGGGGGGAGGGGGGAAAUCAAUAAUCUAUAGUCCCCCUUCAGUUCCUCUCCCCCCCCCCCCCCGCCAUGACUGAAGACAUGUUAACUGGAUACUUCACUUGAAUGAGCCCUUGAAAUAGGUAAAAAGAACAGGAGUACUUGUGGCACCUUAGAGACUAACAAAUUUAUUUUGUUAGUCUCUAAGGUGCCACAAGUACUCCUGUUCUUUUUGCGGAUACAGACUAACACGG